CGUCUUCCUCCACCCAGCCCCAGAAAACACGCGGAGCGCCCCCCCCACACAUCUUCGACGGUUCGAGAUGAUGCUUAGGGUUUCGCCUUCUCCGGCCGCCGCCCAGCUCGCUGGUGCGGGCCUGGCCCCUGCUUCCGUGAGGGUGGCGUUGGCGCCGCGCGGCCUGCGGUCCGCUGGGACGGCGUGCGGGGCGGCGGGGAAGGGGAAGGAGGUGCUCAGCGGAGUCGUCUUCCAGCCCUUCGAGGAGAUCAAGGGGGAGCUCUCUCUCGUGCCCCAGAGCCCCAACCAGUCUCUCGCGCGCCACAAGUUCGUCGACGACUGCGAGGCCGCCAUCAACGAGCAGAUCAAUGUGGAGUUCAAUGCCUCCUAUGCGUACCACUCCCUCUUCGCCUAUUUCGACCGUGAUAAUGUAGCUCUCAAGGGCUUUGCCAAGUUCUUUAAGGAAUCAAGUGAUGAGGAGAGGGAUCACGCUGAAAAACUCAUGAAGUACCAGAACAAACGUGGAGGGAGGGUGAGGCUUCAAUCAAUUGUGACGCCCAUAACAGAGUUUGAUCACCCUGAGAAAGGAGAUGCUUUGUACGCGAUGGAGCUGGCUCUGGCUCUUGAAAAGCUGGUUAAUGAGAAGCUGCACAACCUGCAUAGUGUGGCGACUAGGUGCAAUGAUCCUCAGCUGACUGACUUCAUCGAGGGUGAAUUUCUUCAGGAGCAGGUUGAUGCCAUCAAGAAGAUCUCAGAGUACGUCGCCCAGCUGAGAAGAGUGGGCAAGGGGCAUGGAGUGUGGCACUUUGAUCAGAUGCUGCUUGAGGAAGAGGCCUGAAGGAAGGAUAGACCGUGGAGUAGGGGGACGCUGUUCAAGGAAAGAUGUGCGAAGAGAUUAAAUUGAGGAGCAGCGGGCGGGCAUCAAUCAAGCACUGGGUGUUUAUUUUCAGAGGGUUUCUCAAUCAGUUUAGGGUAGUAGUCAGUACGGUGUUUCAUAGAUCACGCGAUGUCCUCCUAUUAAGAUAGAAAAGCAGCAGAACAUCUGAUGUUAUUGCUACUGUAUGGUGUGCUUGCAUGUUGUUGGAGACGUUGCUACCCCUUUUGGGAUGGGAUUAUUCGAAAUAAAACAAGGGGCGAUAUAUUCUGGUUUA